AUGGCGCGGGGGAGUGCCGGCCUGCCACCGCUCUACUUCCCCUCUCCGACGGCCCAUGGAAGGUACUACAAGCCAGCUGACGUUGGAGUGCUUCGGCGGUCGGGCACGCCUCCCCUGCAGCGUGGGGCAUCCCCACUGCAGCUGUCGCGGAGCCCGCCGGCUCGAACGCAGUCGCCAGCACAACUGCACCCCCAGGCUGCCCACAGCCCGGCCGCCGCGCCGCGCUGCGGACAUGUGGCCGGGUCUCCCCAGAGGUCGCCCUCUCCGGCCCUCGGCCGCUUGAUCAUGUCGCCCGUGCGCGUCACGCAGCAGUUGGCGCUGUGGCCCCCAAGGAGGCCUGUCGGACGCGUCCUCGUACCCCCAGCUGGGCUGGCGAGUCCUCCGCGGCUUCCAGACAUCUCCCCGGCGCAUCAUGGUCCCGUCCGAGGGGAGAGUCAGCAUGCUGGGAGGGCGCGGCGGUUCCCCGGCACGCCUGAGCAUCUGGCUGUCCCUGUGCGAGUGUCGGAGGAUUCUUUCAGCCCCGGGCAGCUGUCUGACUUCGACACCUCCUACCGCGAUGUGAUCCUGGGCUAUCUCUACCUGAAAUGGGCAAUUAAACCGUAG